AUGGCGGCCGCCGCAGCGCGAGGAGCCGCGGCAGGGAUCCUGGGCCGCUGGGCGCCCUGGGCCGCCCGCCGCCUCGGCGCAGGGCCCGCUCUCUCCGGCCUCUCCGCUCGCUGCGUCGGGUAUGUGCGGACGACGGCGGCGGCCGCGCUGUGGAAACCGCGGCUGCCCGCGGGGAGCCUGCUCGGGGGGAACCUGCCCGCGGGAGCUACCGCCUCGGCCCUCUGCAGCAUCACGCCUCUGCUUCCGAGCAUCCUGCAGCAGCCGGCGCGGACCCUGACUUACUAUAGCCUGCGGAAGGGGAAGAGGAAGACUGUGAAGUCUGUGGUGAAGAGGUUCCUCCGGCUGCACAACGGCCUCUGGGUCAGGAGAAAGGCUGGUUAUAAGAAGAAACUGUGGAAGAAGUCAGCUGCCCAGAAGAAGCGUCUGAGAGAGCUGAUGCUGUGCACUAGGACACAGUGCAAGCUCCUGGAUAAAAUGACCACUUCCUUCUGGAAGAGGAGGAAUUGGUACCUGGGUGACCCCUACCAGAAGUACCACGAUCGCACCAACCUUCGCCUGUAGGAGCCUGGGGCUCCUCUUGGCGUUGUCUAGGACAGCGCUGGCGAAGCCCACGGUGCGGCCUUGAUUUGAGCACACAAAGCUGCAGCAGCUGUGCUGUUGCCAGUCGGCGUGCUGGCAGCUGGUCAGGGUGAUGGGUGCCAGUGCCCACAAUAAAGGAAUGUUAA